CGCGCACUCGCGCGUGCGUGAGCUGGCGCGCGAGAAAGCGCCCGGUCGCGCCGAGGCUCGAGCGGCCGUCGCCAUUUUGUAGGGUUCUCUCUGACGCGGGACCCGCCGCCACCGCCGGCACCACCCGGAGGCUCUUGUCAGGAUGGUGAAGCUGUUCAUUGGAAAUCUGCCCCGGGAGGCCACAGAGCAGGAGAUCCGCUCACUCUUCGAGCAGUACGGGAAGGUGCUGGAAUGUGACAUCAUUAAGAAUUAUGGCUUUGUGCACAUAGAGGACAAGACGGCCGCUGAGGAUGCCAUACGCAACCUGCACCACUACAAGCUGCACGGAGUGAACAUCAAUGUGGAAGCCAGCAAGAAUAAGAGCAAAGCUUCAACCAAGUUACACGUGGGCAACAUCAGCCCCACUUGUACCAACCAAGAGCUUCGGGCCAAGUUUGAGGAGUACGGCCCAGUCAUCGAAUGUGACAUCGUGAAAGAUUAUGCCUUUGUACACAUGGAGCGGGCAGAGGAUGCGGUGGAGGCCAUCAGGGGCCUCGACAACACAGAGUUUCAAGGCAGCAGUGAAUGCAGUUUGAAUUGGAACCACAAAGAAGCUGUUCCCAAGUAACCAUCCGGACAGCUGAAUUGGGAAGGAUGUGCAAGACCUUAGGGGUGUCCUUCUAGUGACAAAGCAAUGGAGCAUUAUCAUGUCACCUACAUCUCCAGUCUUCCGUGAACCCUCACCUAAGAUAGACCUUCAGAAUUAGGAUUAACUUUUUAGCAUUUUAAUAGUCUCUCUUGUUCUAGUUUUCAAGAGAAAAUGCUUUUUCUGGGCUGAUUUUCUGGUAAAUAUUGUAAAAUUUCAGUAACUUAGAGAUUCUAAAGCACAGAAUUUUAUUUUACAGGUGUUUCUAGCUCUAAGUUCACAACUGUAGAAAUGGAUUUUGCCACACUAGAGCAUUCUCAUCCUCUACACUAAAAGCAUGACUAGUGCAGGGCAGACAUCAAGUAAAAUCACUGUAGUUCAAUGGAAAAUGAACUCAGUCAGAAUCUAUCAAAGUCAACAAAUUCAUUGGUUUUUUUCCCCCUUAAAAGUAGACUUGUAGCCGGGCAUGGUGGCACACGCCUUUAAUCCCAGCACUCGGGAGGCAGAGGCAGGCGGAUUUCUGAGUUCGAGGCCACCUGGUCUACAAAGUGAGCUCCAGGACAGCCAGGGCUAUACAGAGAAACCCUGUCUCGAAAAACCAAAAAAAAAAAAAAAAAAAAAAAAAAAAAGUAGACUUGUAGAUAUCUGGGUCAAUGCAGAGUGUUCCCUUUCUAGACUGGCAUGGUUAUUCUGACUCGUGUCAGUUAUACAGCUGUCUGUCUGAAAGUGGCUUAUCCUCUCAAAUAUAGAGAGCCUUACAUAGGAGGUAUAAGUGAGUAUGUGUAGCACACGAUACUUUCAUUCACACCAUCUAUCUAUUGACAGCAUCAGUGGUAUGAGGAAGACUAGUAGCUGGGGUCCUAAAUUAGAACACUUUUGUUUUGGGACAGGGUUUCUCCAUAGUUAGUUCUGGCUGUCUUGGAACUCACUCUGUAGACCAGGCUGACCUUGAACUCAGAGGUUCACCUGUCUCUGCUUUGAUCUCUGAGUGCUGGGAUUAAAGGUGAGCACCACCACAGCCUGGCUAAAGCAUCUUUGUUCUCACUAAAGAUGGUUUACGUUGAAGACAACAAGGGUCCCUGGAUUGGGUGAUAACAUAAACUCUUGGGCAAAAGAGUUCUUUUCUUAGCUAUUUCUCAGUGGUAAUUUUCUAGAAACAUGUAUAUGUGUAUUGCUUGAAUGGGUGCUCACAGUUCUUUUGGGCAACUGUAGAGAAAUUAUGUUCUGCAUGGUAGGAAUAAAAUGUUGGUCAUUCUUUUACAUGAGAACAGUUCCUAAAAAACGAGUGCUGUUUUUCAUUUUAUUUUUGUUUGGGUCCCAGGGAUCAAACUUGGUUUUUCAUACAGUAGCCAAGUGUUAAACUAUUGAGAGAGCCAUGUCCAACCCCAGAACUUGGUCAUUUUUAAUACCUACUGUAAGAGGCUAUGUUCAAACAGUUCUGCGUAUGAGAAAAGGAGUUGAAAUCUAGAAACAUGGUGGAUAGAAGAUUGCUGUUGACCAUGUUGUCAUAUAUACAUGCUAAGGGGCAUAUUCAGAGGUGGAAAAGAUGUCUUCUAAAACUUCUAUUAGUUUUAUUAGUAGUAAGGUUUUGUUAGAUGUCUAGCUUGAUUUGGAGGUAGUAACAGUCACAGUAAAAGGUAGCAAUCUUUGCACUCUGCAUUGGGGAAGGAAAUAAGCUGUGGAGACACAACUAGGAGAGAGUCUCCUGUGUUGCUGGUAUAAACAGCAUCUGACUCCAAUUUUAUGGGUCUUACUUCUGUUGAAACAUCAAUUUUUUUAAAAGGAUUGCUGAAUGAAGGGGCCCAGGAGCGUGUAUGUCCAUAUAUUUUACGUUUACUUUUAUUUGAGUGAAAAGAGUGUUAAUGAGUAAUAAUUUUAAUCUGUUUCCUCAAGGCAAACGAAUGCAUGUACAGUUGUCAACUAGCCGGCUUCGGACUGCCCCUGGGAUGGGAGACCAGAGUGGUUGCUAUCGGUGUGGUAAAGAAGGACAUUGGUCCAAAGAGUGCCCAGUAGACCGUACAGGGCGUGUGGCAGACUUUACUGAGCAGUACAAUGAACAAUAUGGAGCAGUGCGCACACCUUAUACUAUGGGUUAUGGGGAGUCCAUGUAUUACAACGAUGCCUAUGGAGCACUUGACUACUAUAAGCGCUACCGCGUCCGAUCUUACGAAGCUGUGGCGGCGGCGGCUGCAGCUUCCGCAUACAAUUACGCAGAGCAGACCAUGUCUCAUCUUCCUCAAGUUCAGAGCUCAGCUGUACCCAGUCACCUCAACUCCACUUCUGUUGAUCCUUAUGACAGACACCUAUUGCAGAACUCUGGCUCUGCUGCCACCUCAGCUGCAAUGGCUGCUGCCGCUUCCUCUUCCUAUUAUGGAAGGGACAGGAGCCCACUACGUCGGAAUGCGGCUGUGCUUCCCGCAGUUGGAGAGGGCUAUGGUUAUGGGCCAGAGAGCGAGAUGUCUCAGGCUUCAGCAGCAACUCGGAAUUCUCUGUAUGACAUGGCCCGGUAUGAGCGGGAGCAGUAUGUGGACCGAACACGGUACUCAGCCUUUUAAAAACUGGAGGUGAGAGUGGGGAGGAUGUGGUUGAAAUUUGCACUUAGUUCCCUACAAGAGACCUCUGCUUCACUGAGGAGCCAAAUCACCAAACAGGACCUUAUCAAAAAGCAAAAAUUACAUGUUUUGAGUAUUUUCUAUAAGUUUAUGCCACAGGUUUACUUGGCCUGUUGAUGAGUUAGUGUGAUUCCAAUGUGUUUCUUCUGAAACAUGAACAUGCUCAGUAAAAAUAUUAUUUAACCAGUUGUAAAAAGAUACUUGGUAUGAAGAAAAAAAAGGCAGGGAGAGCUAACAUGCUGGCCCUUUGUUUGUGUAGUUACAUUCUCAUCCAGGAAAACUAAGACUCAGAGAGCAUCAGUACUUUGCCUAUGAUUAUCUCAUGAUAGAGCCAAAAUUCACUCAGCUGACUCUUAAAUUCUGGCCAGUAGGUGGUGGCACACACCCAAAUCCUAGCACUUGGGACACAGGCAGGUAGGUAGAGCUGAGUAAGGCUAGCCUGAUAUACAAAGUUCCACGACAGCCAGGGCUACACAGAGAAACCCUGUCUUUAAAAACCAAAAUAAAAGCAUACUCUUCACUACUACACUGCUGUGAUGGUUAAGGUGAAGGGUACCAUUUGGGAGCUAGUAAUGGACAGCACAGUGAGUUUUAACUAACUUCUUGGGUUUCCAGUUUGCUAAUACUUCUUAGAGUAGCACAUACCUUAGUCUCUCUCAGUACCAGAGAAAAUGAGGUGGGAGGACUAUGAUGAGUUAGAGAAAAACCUAGGCUACACAGCAAGUUCUAGUAAAAUCUAGGAAAUAUAGCAAUACCCCCAUGUUACAGACAACAAAACCCAACUAUUUAUUAGCCUUUAUCAAAGGAAAAGUGUGCUACUUUGUGCAUCAGAUAAAGCCCUAAUAUUCCAAGACACUUCCGUAUUGCAUGUUUUCAUGUUUGUAUUCUAUGAAGUCCUUAUUUUAGCCCAAAGCAUCCAUCUGUUUGAUAUAGGCACUUACACCCUAUUUCUUCAUAGCCUAUGAUAAAAUUCUUGUUUCUCUGAGAUAGUUUUGUGUUAUAAGGGAACAUUCAAAGGAAUUAGAUAAAACAAUUUCUGAUGUGCCAAAAUCUUAUAGAUGGUGACACAGGAAAUUCAGUGUUUCCCUAUUUCAAGAAAUGUGUACAGUACUGGAAUGGCAAGAAUUGGAGAUAUCCAGAGACUAGUAAAGUAAAUUUUACUAGAAUGGAAAUGGCAUUUGUAAUUUACAAUUCUCUCAUGGUUUUCCUUGUACACUGAAAUCGAGCAUCACUUGAGUUAAAGCCCCAACAGUGUGGUUACCACUGACACUUCAAUGUUCUCAACUUAUCCCCUGCAUCCAUAUAUGUAUUGAGAAAAGAAUGGCAUGCAUGUUGUUAAGUUUAUAUGCUAUACACUUGUGUCAUUGAGACUUGGGAUUUCUUAGAACCAUCAUUCAGCCAUGUGUUCAACAUGUGAAUGGAGUUUGCUAAUUUUACACCUGGGUCUACUUUGUGAGAUACCUCUGAUAAAGUUAGCAUAAAUCUGUUAGAUAACUUUUUUCUCUCAAGUAUAAAAGCUAAACAUGUUUAAGUUAGUAUAUUAUAGCCUUUAAGGGUGUUUUUAGGACAUUUUAAAAGUGAAUUUAAACGUCAGUCAGUAGGUGCUCAACUAACCUCUUUUUAGUGAUGACUUUUAAAGAAACUUACCUUCCAGGUGUGAACCUCAAAUGGACUGAAUAACCCUGAGUUGGUUGCAGUCCCAGGAGCCUGAUGUUAAUGAGGCUGCCAGGAUGAAAUACUCCACAACUGUUGGGGAUCCAAAUUCGGGUCUCACCCUAACAGAACUGAUCCAAGAACAUCACAGCUUUUGAAGUCGAUUGGCACAGAUCAAGACCAAGAUUUGGCCCUGUGUCUGUAUUAAGUAGAGGAGCUUGGUGUGAGUUAAUUUUUUUUUUCCCCCUGCCAUUGGUGUCUGGAGUUCCCACCAUCAAUGGAGGAAUUACAGUCCUAGCAGUAGUUUCUUUUGAUUUGUCAGGGGUUAUUUGGUCAAUUAGGAAACUACUGCAACUGUGGCUCUGACCUGACUGUAUAACAUGCAGAUAGAUACCUUAAAGGGUAAAUGACCAACUGUUCUUUAACAGUAUUCUUGGUGACUAUGCUUUUUGAAUGUUUUCUUUGGAACAUCUGUAAUAGUAAAAUUGGGCUGGGCAUGCAUGGGUGGUGGACACCUGUAGUCCCAGCUACUCAGAACAGAUGUUUAUGCUCAUACUGGGCAACAUACUUAGAUCCCAACUCUUAAAAGAAAGAAAGUGACUGUUAAUCUGAUAUCUUAGCCAUCUUUUGCUUUUUUUCUGGACCCCCAAAUUAAUCUGUAGCUAUUGAAGAUUUAUACCUUCCUUGAAGCUUUCUACUAUAGAGGGGUUACCUGAGUUAAAAGAUAGGAAAAUGGUGGGCUUGCGGGUUUAUACUAUCAGCAGUUUUGUAUCUUGAGCAGCAUUUAGCUUAAGUAGGUUCCUAGCUGUACCUAUUAGAAUUUGGGGUGACUUUGUGGGAUAUACAUUCAACCCAAAACCUGACUUGAUUUUGUUUUGUUCUUUGUGUCACCCCCUCCCCCCAUUGGCAUACAGGACGGGACCAGGGCCCUUGUACUCGGAACCAGACUGCACUCCAGGCAUUGUGUAAGCCUCUUGUGUUCUGCUUUCUUUCAGGUAGGAUAAUUGCGGACUGAACCCUCGGGCUGCGGUCAUAUAUGAGAACUUGGUCCUCGCGGUCCCCUUUGCCAGGAUGUUUCCAUUGCUUCAUGUUUCAGUAAACAAAGGAAUUUGUGACCAACUAUGUUUUCUUUCUUAAUUUAAUUCUUCUAAGUUGACUUUUCUUUCCUCGAUGCUAGUUGUCUGUAGCUUUUCACUGUUCCUUAUACCCUCAGCCUCUGAACAGCCCUAGGUAAGGGUUAUGCUGACAUCCCUUUUCCUGUACAGUAGAAGCCCCUCUUAAUCUUGCUUUUCUUAGGAGUUGAGCCCUUCUCCCUGCCUUCCUGCAGCAUCUCCUUUCCCUUUAAAAUGACCAUGUAGUGGCAAGCAACCUUUAACUCUUCUGUCAGUGCUGGACUCUUAGCAUUGAAGCUGGUCUUCUGAAGUCGCUAGGACCAUUGGGUUUUGUUGUUGUCUUGGUUUGAUUUUGUUUUGGUUUUCGGUUUUGUCUGACCUGUGAUCGUGGUACAGCAUUUGCUGAAAUUUAGCCUUGUUUUAUUCCACUCCUCCCAAUUUUUUUUUGAAAAAAAAAAAAUAAAUGUUUCUAAUACUUAA